AUGAUCAGAAUGUGGGAGCUUCGUUCUGUAGCAUUUACAAGGGCAGUUUUUGUGGAAUUUUUUGCUACUCUUUUAUUUGUCUUGUUUGGUUUAGGAUCAUCUUUAAACUGGCCAGGGGCAAAUCCGAGUGUUCUUCAGGUUGCACUUGCAUUCGGUCUCACCAUAGGCACUUUAGUUCAGGCUUUUGGCCACGUAAGUGGUGCCCACAUUAACCCAGCUGUAACUCUAGCUUUCAUGGUGGGCUCUCAGAUUUCCUUCUUACGAGCAGUUUUCUAUGUGGGCGCCCAGUUGCUGGGAGCUGUAUCUGGAGCCGCCAUAUUGCAAGGCCUUACUCCAAUUGAAGCCAGGGGGAACCUAUCAAUAAAUGGGUUAUUCAACAACACGGAAGCUGGACACGCUUUUACUAUUGAAUUAUUUCUAACUCUUCAACUGGUCUUGUGUAUACUCGCCUCCACUGAUGAUCGAAGGACAGAUAACGUGGGUUCUCCAGCUUUGUCUAUUGGUCUUUCGGUGGCAGUUGGACACCUUCUCGGUAUACAUUACACUGGCUGUUCCAUGAAUCCGGCAAGAUCCUUUGCACCGGCAGUUUUCACAGGAAUCUUCAGUGCCCACUGGGUCUUCUGGUUAGGACCGAUGCUUGGUGCUACCUUAGGAUCUCUAAUUUAUCACUAUAUUCUAAUUCCAAACACCAAGACCCUGUCGGAGAGGAUGGCAAUCCUGCAAGGGGAACUGGAGCUUGAAAAAGACUGGGAUGAGAGGGAAGUACGGAGAAGACAAUCAGUAGAGUUGCACUCCCCGCAGACAAGACAUGGGAUGACAGAGAAAGUCUGACGCAAAGUACAAUGAAGAGGAUGGAAAUAACGAUUCUGCAUGAUGGGCACUUGACAUGAGUCCUGAACAGCUUAAUCUGUUUUAAACUUGUUAACUUUUGCAGUAUUCGGUUGUUAUGACUAAUAACCCGGAAACAAUUAAUAUGAUUGGCUGAUGACCGGCGACAUGCAACUGCAUAGGUCAACUUCAAUUUCCAGCACUGAUUAUCUAAACCUAAUUGCUCCUGUUUAGAUUUUGGGCAAUUUGGGUAAAAACGUCUAAAAUGACUGACAAAAUGACCUUUGUCUGAGCAGCUUGUCUUUAUGUUUUCUCUCACACCUAGGAAUAGAGAGACAUAUAUUUUAAGACUUUUCUGCCUUAUUAAAGGUUUAUAAUACACCACACUUCACAUAAAUGCAGUUCCAUUUAUUAAAAAAAAAAAAAAAUCACAAAUGCUGAAUGGACUGCUAAAAACGUUUCACAAAUAUAUUAACUUCAAUGAAGGCAAAUGGUGGGAUUCACUCUCAGAAACUCUAUAGGGGCAGAUGCACUAAGCCUUGGAGAGAGAUAAUUGGAGAGAGAAAAGCUUCCAACAAAUCAGCUCCUAACUGAUUUUACAACAGGGAGAU